AACAAUGAACGUAUACUAAGUUCUGCGGAAGUGAUCGCUGACCAGCCAGACCUCGUGUUCGAUAACGCGAUUCUUCAAGAUGCAGAGAAAUACCAUUGUGAGGUUGAAAACUACAAGUAUGCCAAACCCGACAAGUCUAGAACCGCUCGCAUCGAAGUUUGCAGUAAGUUGGGAACUAAAAUAAAUAUACUUUAUAUAUGCUGGAUAGCUCUAUCAGUUCUGAACUGUUCUCCCUAGAGGUCCAAAGAGACAUUUUUUAUUGAUCCAGUGUUACUACAGGAGGAAACCUAAACUAAACUAACUUUAUUUAUACUGGAUAGCUCUAUCAGUUCUGAACUGUUUUCCCUAGAGGUCCAGAAAGGGUAAUCUCUUAUUGAUCCAGUGUUACUACAGGAGGAAACCUAAAGCAGAAAUUAAAACCAGAGUGUCACCAAAACAAUCUUGUAGACUUGUGAAUUUUAAGGAGAUUUGAUGAUGCAGAUUUCAUGUUGUUUUACUAUGUAGUUUUUCCAAGGCAUGAUAAUCUAAAUUUUCGCUCAUUUUUAACUAGCUGCUGAUGCAGUGGUGGAAAUGAAACUAACUGUAGACAAACCACGGCACAAGGAAUCCUGUCAGUACUUCAAUAUAACCAACAUUAAGGUAGGCUUAAAAAAGUAUAUGAAUUGUAAGGAUGAACAUUGAUACUUGUCAGCCCGAGAAAAUGCUUUUUGUAGUAGGCAAUGAAGCACAUUUUAAUGACAAUUUGUAUUGGUUAAGGAAACUGUUGAAAGCAUGAUAGAAGGUGAAAUGGCUGUGGUUGAAUUUGAGAAGCCUUUUCGGUUAUGUAAUUUAACGGCGUGCUCUUCCGAUCCAUGUUUCCACAAUGGGCGAUGUCAGGUUAACGGAUCCGAUUUUAUUUGUCAUUGCCCUCGAGAGUGGACUGGAAAACAAUGUCUGAUUGAUGUUAACGAAUGCAAGUCAGGUUGGUACCACUGAACUACCAAAUAUCUACGCAUAACUGGACUACUAUUUCAACCAUGACUUAGUGUCUUUUUAAUUUAUUCUAAUUUAUUCACUCACGUAUUCGUUUCCAUAGAUACCUGUAGUAACAAUGGUGUAUGCGUGAACAGAAAAGGAAGUUUCUCGUGUGAAUGUCGAAAGUCAACAAGUGGAAAACUUUGUCAGUUUAGAGAAAAAGUUUGCAACCCCAACCCAUGUGAUAAAGCAAAAUGUUAUCCGAAAGAGGUGAAACAGCGUUAUGAAUGUCUUGCUAACGUCAAGGCUGUUGCCAUGGUGUUCACAGUGGAUGAUGCGAAAUUACCGUUUAAGAAUUGGAUGUUGUAUGACGUGGCUAAGGAAAUUGAGAAUGCGAUCAAUGAUGCAGCGGUAGUACAAACAAGAAGAGAAAGUAUUAUAAAUGCAUUUCAUUUAUUUUUAGUUUGCGAGCAAAGUCUUCCCAUUGAGCACAUAUGUUUCUUAAAAAAAUAUAGAAACUUUUUUGUUUCUUAAUCUUAAGUAUGCUUUUUGACCAGGGAACAGUGUUUCAUCAUUUGUACACAUUUUGGGAAACAUGGCUAGGAAACAAUGUUUCCUGGUUUGUCACCUUUUGGGAAUUAUGGCUAGGAAACAAUGUUUCCUGGUUUGUCCACCUUCGGGAAACAUGGUUAGCAAACAAUGUUUCCUGGUUUGUCCACCUUUUGGGAAACAUCGCUAGGAAACAAUGUUUCCUGGUUUGUCCACCUUCGGGAAACAUGACUAGGAAACAAUGUUUUCUGGUUUGUCCACCUUCGGGAAACAUGGCUAGGAAACAAUGUUUCCUUGUUUGUCCACCUUCGGGAAACAUCGCUAAGGGAACAAUGUUUCCUGGUUUGUCUGCCUUCGGGAGACAUGGCUGGGGAACAAUGUUUCCUGGUUUGUCCACCUUCGGGAGACAUGGCUAGGGAACGAUGUUUCCUGGUUUGUCCACCUUUGGGAAACAUGGCUAGGGAACAAUGUUUCCUGGUUUGUCUGCCUUCGGGGAAACAUGGCUAGGAAACAAUGUUUCCUGGUUUGCCCACCUUUUGGGAAACGUGGCUAGGAAACAAUGUUUCCUGGUUUGUCCGCCUUCGGGAAAACGUGGCUAGGAAACAAUGUUUCUGCAACACUAAUUCCUAAUUUCUCCGGGGCUUUAAUAUAUCGUUUCACUUUUAGGUGGACGAAGCCGACGAGAUACUACAAUAGUUGAUUAUAGCAACUGUUCAGUUCGUGUCAAGGAAUACAAAUUAGUCCAAGACAAGCAACUUGACUUGCAGAUAAUACUUGUUUGUGCCCAGCCCCCGCAACAGAAAUAUGUGUGCGAUGCCAUGUUCAAGCAAGGUAUGGUGACGUCAUGUACAGAUGAGAGUGGUACACGGGAAGCGAAGCCAAAAACUGAUCCACCAACCAUUAGCCCACAACG